AUGCAUCGUACAUGCUUGAUUAUUCCGAGGAUACUUUUUCGCCAUGCCUCAACAACGUCAUCGGGCACACCGGCAGAAUUUAGGAUCUUUGAUCGCGCUGCUAAACAACGACAGCGAGACCGUGCUGCAGCAGACGUGGAGAACAGCAGGGUGGCCGAUUAUUUAAAGGACGAAGUUGCCGAAAGAGUUGUCGACCGAUUGGCGGAUAUAAAACGCAAGUUUAAUACAAUAGUCGAUUUGGGAAGCGGUUGCGGGCAUAUUGAAAAGUUCAUAGAGAAAGACAUGGUACAAAAGAUCAUCAUGUGUGACAUUUCAAGAAAUAUGUUAGAACGGGACAAAGAUAUCAAAUACAAUGUUGAGGUCGAACGAAGAGCAAUUGAUGAGGAACUUUUACCAUUCGAGGAAGAUUCCUUGGAUGCUGUUGUUAGCAGCAUGUCUUUACAUUGGGUUAAUGAUUUACCAGGUGCAUUGAUCCAGAUCAGGCGUUCCUUGAAGCCAGACAGCCCGUUUAUCGGCGCCAUACUUGGAGGAGAUACGCUAUUUGAACUACGCACGUCACUCCAAUUGACGGAACAAGAGCGUGAGGGUGGACUUUCACCGCGUGUAUCUCCAAUGACAACCGUACGAGAUGUAGGAUCCCUUCUUUCUCGCGCAGGAUUCAACCUGACGACCAUCGAUGUCGAUGAUAUUGUCGUUAAUUAUCCGUCCAUGUUUGAAUUGAUGAUGGAUUUGAGGAGCAUGGGCGAAAGCAAUGCUGUCAUUGCAAGACGCCCCUACUUGACGCGCGAUAAUCUUAUUGCAGCAUCAGCCGUCUAUAAGGAACUCUACGGUGACUCUAAUGGAAACAUUCCCGCGACGUUCCAAGUAAUAUACAUGAUCGGUUGGAAGCCACACACUACUCAGCCUAGACCUAUGCCGCGCGGAUCGGCCAAGGUCUCAAUUAAAGAGACAUUCGAAAAAGACGAAAGCAAAGAUUGA